CUCCCGGUAGUACGAACUCAAAGAGCACCAUCUAAACAUCCAUAGACUCCUGCAACUGUCUGGAGACCACACACAUCCAAUUGUCGUCGUAAUCGCAACCCAUUCAGCUCUGAUUGAACCGUGUCUAUCUGCGCUGCGCGUGUGUGUGUUUUUCUUUCUUUUGUCCGCUCUGUCUUGAUUUUUUCCUCUUCAUUUUCUGGGACUAAGACCUGAACCAUCGUCUCCAGAGACCACGCAUAGAACCAAGAGCUGGGUCACGAUGUCUGUUGUUGGCUUGGGGAAGAAGAACUUCAUCUUCUCGAACUGGGCACGUAUCCACUCGUGCAAACCACAGCUGUACUUCCAGCCCUCGACGCUGGAUGAGAUUGUGGCGUUGGUAGCGGAGGCCAAGUCCCACUCAAAGACCCUUCUGACGGUUGGGUCUGGCCAUUCUCCAUCGGACCUCGUCAUGACGGAGGACUGGCUGGUGAACUUGGACAACUACAACAACGUUCUGGAGAUCAGAAGGGACCCAAGUGGCCUGUUUGCUGAUGUCACCGUGGAGGCCGGGAUGAGACUGUACCAGUUGCACAAGCACCUGGCAGAUGAAGGGCUGGCGAUGCAAAACCUGGGCUCGAUCUCGGAGCAGUCCAUCGCAGGCAUCAUCUCCACAGGCACACACGGUGCUUCUCCGUACCAUGGCCUGGUGUCUCAGCAGAUUGUCGACCUGACGUUGGUGAACGGGAAAGGCGAAGUUGUGUACUGCAGCUCUGAUGUGAACCAGGACAUCUUCAGAGCAGCACUGCUCUCACUGGGCAAGAUUGGUAUCAUCGUCAAGGCCACGAUCCGUACAAUCCCUGCUUUCAAGGUGAAGUCGUCCGAGGAGGUGGUGACCUUUGAGACGCUGCUGGAGAAAUGGGAGACGCUGUGGGUCUCGUCAGAGUUCAUCAGGGUAUGGUGGUACCCGUACGCUAAGAAGUGUGUUCUCUGGCGAGGCCAGAAGACAGAAGAGCCAACGACGACCCCUAGACAGAGCUGGUGGGGUACCAAGUUUGGAAGAUUCUUCUACGAGGCACUGCUAUGGAUUGCCGUCAACAUCUAUCCACCGUUCACGCCUGCUAUUGAAAAGUUUGUCUUUAACAGACAGUUCGGUAAGGUUGAGACCGUUGGCGAUGGUGCUGUCAACGUUGCUGGCUCCGUGGAAGCACUGAACAUGGAUUGUCUCUUCUCACAGUUUGUCAACGAAUGGGCGGCUCCUCUGAACAACGGUCCUGAGAUCCUGAGAUCUCUGGAGCACAGCAUCAACGUUGCCGCUGCCAACCAUGACUUCUACGUCCAUGUGCCAGUGGAGAUUCGUUGCUCGAACACCACAAGCACUAACGAGGAGUCGUCAUCAACGGUCCAGGAGGAGAUCAGGGGACGCUCUACAACGUCGCCUGGCCCAGUAAGGGGUAACAACCUGCGCCCUUACCUGGAUAACACACCGAAGUUGAACUACGCUCCGCUCUCUGAUGUCACCAACUCACAGUUGACACUCUACAUCAAUGCAACCAUGUACAGACCUUUCUUCACAAACUCGCCUAUUGGCCAAUGGUACAAGAUCUUUGAAGAGACCAUGGGCGCUGCUGGUGGUAAGCCACACUGGGCUAAGAACUUCAUAGGCUCAACUGAGUGGGCUGAAGGAGAAGCCAAGGAGGAGUCGAAAUACCAGGACGGUGAAAUGAGAGGGUUUGCUACAAAGAAUAGAGAGUGGUUUGGUGAGGACUUGGAGGCGUUCAAGAGGGUGAGAGCGGAGCAAGACCCCGAUGGUGUUUUCCUCAGUUCGAAGCCAUGGUUGGUGAAGAAUGGAAUCAUCUGAUUGCGUUUGCUUGAGAGAGUGUGUGAGAGGGAGAGAGAGCCGGGGAUGAAAGCAAAGAGGAGAGAACGUGGUGAUGGUGUGUGUUUGUUUACGGUUGUUUGUACUUGGAAUGUCCAUCACGUCCUGGAGCCCCGUGCUUGCUAGUUUGUACGACGAUUGUUAAUCUAUAGAAUUACGUGAAUAAACAACUGUAUACCGCCGCUGGAAGCUGUUGGACGGUGGCGCUGUGCGCCUCGUUGACUGUGCGCCUCGUUGAUGUUGUACACCUCGUUGACACUGUACACCUGCCAGAGGAGACGGCGGAGUGGAGCUACGUGCU